UUGCAAUGGAGUUGUUAAGAGUUGUAAUUCAAUGCCUUUUUCUUCUCAUUCUCUUCACCACAACUUCCUUUUCUCUAACCCCACACAAAAUUCCUCGUCUCACUCCGUUCUACCGCUCUAUCCUACGACGACAAUAUCGGUCUUCUUCUUCUUCCGACAGGACUACUUCUGCUACCUCUGACUCUCAAUUCAAAACCUAUUAUUACAACCAAACAUUGGAUCACUUCAAUUAUGGACCUCAAAGCUAUGCCACCUUCAAACACAGAUACAUAGUCAACUCCAACUUCUGGGGUGGCGCCCAAUCGAACUCCCCUAUUUUCGCCUGGCUCGGUGCUGAAUCUCCCCUCGACUAUGACAUCGGAUUUCUCACCGAUAAUGCCCCUCGUUUUAAGGCUCUUCUUGUCUACAUAGAGCAUAGGUAUUAUGGGGAAUCAAUUCCACUUGGAACCAUGGAAGAAGCUAUGAAUGAUGAGACCACUCGUGGCUAUUUCAAUUCGGCUCAAGCUUUGGCUGAUUAUGCAGAGAUAUUGUUAUACAUAAAGAAGGAAUACUCGGCUCAUGAUUGCCCCAUCAUUGUUGUCGGAGGAUCAUACGGAGGAAUGCUUGCUUCGUGGUUUCGGUUGAAGUAUCCACAUGUUUCGCUGGGAGCCUUGGCUUCGUCAGCUCCCAUUCUCUACUUUGAAGAUAUCACACCACAAAAUGGAUACUAUUCCAUAGUAACUAAAGAUUUUAGGGAAGUUAGUGAGAGUUGUUAUCAAACUAUAAAAAAAUCAUGGUCUAUUAUUGACAAAAUUGCUUCCAAGCCAUAUGGCCUAUCCAUUCUCCGUCGCAAGUUCAAGCUCUGCGAGGAUUUAAACUCGUCAUGGGAGCUAAAGGAUUACUUGGAUUGGAUGUAUACUGGCGCCGCUCAAUAUAACUCGCCACCGGAAUAUCCAGUGACGGUUGUGUGCGGCGGCAUAGAUAGCGCGCCCAAAGAGGCUUAUAUUCUUGACCGGAUACAUGCUGGUGUCGUCGCCAGCGAAGGGAAUCAACCUUGCUACAAUGUUUCCGUCGGAGAGACGCUGGCAUCGCCCGGAGAAGAUGAUGAUACUUGGGGAUGGAAUUGGCAAACUUGUAGUGAAAUGGUAUUUCCGAUUGCGAAAGGCAAUGACUCCAUGUUCGAUCCAGCUCCUUUUAAUCUGCAGCAAAAUUCCCAAGCCUGCAUUGAUACCUUCGGCGUUCCACCUCGACCACAUUGGGUUACAACUUAUUACGGAGGACACGAUAUGAAAUUAAUUCUUCGGAACUUUGGUAGCAACAUCAUUUUCUCCAACGGACGGAAAGACCCAUAUAGCAUUGCUGGAGUUUUGGAAAACAUAUCAGAUACUAUACUUGCGGUUUAUACCCAAAAUGGCUCUCAUUGUCUGGACUUAAAUGGGGAAAGAGCUACGGAUCCAAAUUGGUUAACUGAGCAACGGAACAAGGAGAUUGAGAUAAUACAAGGUUGGAUAACCAAGUACUAUGCUGAUCUUCAAACCCUCAAGAAGUAA